AUGUAUGUGCGUGUAUGUGAUGAUGAUGAUGUAUUGAUAAUGUUCAAUAUACAUCGAAGUUGCAAGGAGAAUGUAGUUGUCAUGAAUGCUGACAUGGAUCGAGAGAUAUUAUUUGGGCAACAAUGUAAUAUUGUCCAUAUAAGGAAUCCGUACAUCCCUUCUAGUGAAGAACAUGUAUCUUAUUCACAAAAUCCUUCUUCUACACAAAAUAUGUCUCGGGAAGUUGGGAGCUCUAGUAUGAUUCCUCUUGCAUGGCACAAUGCAAUUAGAAGUGUUGGUCAAGAAUUUGAUGAUGUUGAGCAUUGUCGGCGGAGUUUAGUAAUUACUCUAUUGCACGAGGGUUUAACUUUGCUUUUUACUCAUAGUUGUUUGGGAGGAGGCAUAGGAAAGGAAGGAUAUAGUUGGGCAUCUCGCAAGUGGAAUGCUAAUCAUCUCAAAUCCAUCUUAAAGGAACAACCCACUUAUCGUCCAAUUGAUUUCCAGAAGAAGCUUAAAGCAGAAUUUGGAUUGGACAUCCCUUAUCAUAGGAUUUGGUGGGGAAAAGAGCUAGCUCAACGUGAAUUGUAUGGUGAUACUAAAUAUUCAUAUGACCAACUCCGAUGGUAUAAAGAUAAAGUUAUGGAAACUAAUCCGGGAUCAAUUGUUCACUUAGAGCAUGAAGAUGGAAGAUUUACAAGAGUUUUCGUAUCUUAUUAUGCUUGUUGGAAGGGGUUUAUGGAGGGAUGCAGGCCAAUGUUGUUCUUGGAUGGUACUCAUCUUUUUGAUAGGUAUAAAGGAACUUUACUUGCCGCAACUGCUCUAAAUGGAGAUGGGGGAAUGUUUCCCGUAGCAAUUUGCAUAUGCGGGACGGAGAAUGAGAAUCCGUACACUCCAUAUGAUGAGCUGGUUUUAAUCUCCGAUAGGGACAAAGGGCUUCAGAAUUCCGUUAAGAAAUCCUUUCCAUGGUCGCAUCACUCUUAUUAUAUCCGUCAUCUACAGGCUAAUUUUAAGAAUAACUUGUCAAAGAAAGGCAUUGUACCACCUUUACGAGAUGAAUGUGUGCAAAUUAUGAAGAGGGUUGCUUAUGCAUACACUACUCGUUCCUAUAACAAUGAUUGCAACGAGCUACUGAACAAAUCUGAGAUCGCCUAUAAUGAAUUGUUGCGGAUGAGUCCAGAAAAUUGGGCUAAUAGCUAUUUUCCUAGGAAGAGAUAUGGAUGGUUGACAUCAAACCUAGCGGAGUCAUUCAAUGCUUGGAUCAAAGAAGCUCGUUAUUUGCCAAUUACCCAAACACUUGAUAAUAUUCGUAAGAAAAUGAUGAGGAUGAGUUUUGAAAGGCGGGAGGCAUCCCACAAGUGGACCACAACAUUUGUUCCUACUGUGGAAGAGCACCUCAUUCAAAUCAAUGAGCAAUCACGUUGUCUUUUUGCUAUUCCUUCUACUACGGGAAGGUAUGAGGUCUAUGAUUUCCCUACCGUUGAAGUAGAUUUGAAUGAGAGUACAUGCACUUGUCGUGAAUGGCAAGUUGUUGGGCUACCUUGCAAACAUGCGGCUACGGCAAUUCGAAAAAAUAACGACAUACUUUACUCAUAUAUUUCUCACUACUUUAGUGUGGAAACAUACCGCAAAUGCAACUCCUUUCCUAUAUACCCAAUUCCUGACGAUGACAAGUCAUAUGUAGAUGAUGAAAAUAUGGUGAUUCGGCCGCCGACAACAUCAAUUCUUCGUGGAAGACCAAGAACAAAGCGCAUUCCUUCUGGAUUGAAUCCCCACAAAGAGUUAAAAUGUAGUAGAUGUCAACAGUAUGGUCACAACCGUAGAACAUGUAGACAACCUAUUGCAGACUAG